GAAAGAAAACCAUUCGAGUACAUUCGAAUACUAUUUAUAGUCAGUUCUCACCUCACUCUUCUCUUUGACAGAGAAAGAUCGAGUCGACUCAGAAACCGAAAAUGGCUGAGUUCAAAGGCCAGUCUCGCCUCCCCAAAUUCGCCGCCCCCAAACGAUACGAUAUCAAACUCGUACCCGACCUUCAGUCCUGCCAAUUCUCCGGCUCCGUUUCCAUCCACGUCGACAUCGUCGCCGAUACUCGAUUCAUCGUUCUCAAUUCCGCUGACCUUACCGUUCAUUCUGGCUCCGUCUCCUUCACCGAACCGAAAUCCUCAAAGGUCUUCCAGCCUUCAAGUGUUGAAAUUUUUGAGGCAGAUGAGAUUUUGGUUGUUGAGUUCGCAGAGACGCUUCCUAUCGGAGUUGGAGUUUUGGCUAUUGUGUUUGAAGGGAUUUUGAAUGAUAAAAUGAAGGGGUUUUAUAGAAGUACUUACGAGCAAAAUGGUGACAAGAAGAAUAUGGCUGUUACACAAUUUCAACCAGCUGAUGCUAGGAGGUGCUUUCCUUGUUGGGAUGAGCCCGCUUGCAAGGCUACAUUCAAAAUUACAUUGGAUGUGCCAUCUGAAUUAGUAGCCCUUUCCAACAUGCCAGUCAUUGAAGAAAAAGUUGAUGGACAUCUCAAAACAGUCUCAUAUCAAGAAUCACCAAUAAUGUCUACAUAUUUGGUGGCAAUUGUUGUUGGUCUGUUCGAUUUUGUGGAAGACCAUACAUCUGAUGGGAUCAAAGUUCGAGUAUAUGGUCAAGUUGGUAAGGCAAACCAAGGAAAAUUUGCAUUGCAUGUUGCUGUUAAGACCCUUGAAUUAUACAAAGAGUAUGUUGAACAUUCAAAGUUAAUAAAAUACUUUGCCGUGCCAUAUCCUUUGCCCAAAUUGGAUAUGGUCGCCGUCCCUGACUUUGCUUUUGGGGCUAUGGAGAAUUAUGGUUUGAUUAUAUAUCGUGAAAUAGCUUUGCUUUAUGAUGAUCAACAUUCAGCAGCUGCAAACAAGCAAGGGGUUGCAACUACGGUAGCUCAUGAACUCGCGCAUCAGUGGUUUGGCAAUCUUGUAACGAUGGAAUGGUGGACAGAUUUAUGGCUGAAUGAGGGAUUUGCAACAUGGGUAAGCUAUUUAGCAAAUGAUAGCUUGUUCCCGGAGUGGAAGGUAUGGACUCAAUUUCUUGAUGGAUCUAUUGAGGGUCUUAGACUGGAUGGGCUUGAAGGAUCUCACCCCAUCGAGGUGGAAAUUCGGCUUGUGUCUCAAAUUCAGGACAUAUUUGAUGCAAUCAGUUAUAAGAAAGGUGCUUCUGUUAUUCGAAUGCUCCAAAGUUAUAUCGGUGCUGAAUGUUUUCAGAGGUCACUUGCUUUGUAUAUUGAAAGACACGCUUUCUCAAAUGCAAAGACAGAAGAUCUAUGGGCUGCCCUUGAGGAAGGAUCUGGUGAGCCUGUGAACAGGCUAAUGAGUUCUUGGACGAAGCAAACAGGAUACCCAGUUGUCUCCAUCAAAGUCAAAGAUCAAAAAUUGGAGAUUCAACAGUCACGAUUCUUGUAUGGUGGUUCACAUGGGGAGGACCAGUGGAUUGUCCCAAUUACAUUAUGCUGCGGCUCAUAUGACAACCAAAUAAAUUUCCUACUAGAAUCAAAGUCUGUAGCUCUCGACAUGAACAAAUUUGGGCUUGCAGAGGCUGCAACUGGAUGGAUAAAACUUAAUGUCAACCAGACUGGUUUCUACAGGGUGAAAUACGACGAGGGUCUCGCAGAUAGACUAAGAUAUGCAAUAGAGAACAAGUACUUAACUGCACCAGAUAGAUUGGGGAUUUUGGAUGAUGCGUUUGCUCUAUGUAUGGCUAGCCAACAAUCUCUCAGCUCUUUACUUACCUUGAUGAAAUCUUACUCAGAGGAACUUGAUUAUACUGUGCUGUCUAACUUGAUUACUGUAAGUUAUAAAGUUGAAAGAAUAGUAGCUUCUGCCGUACCCGAGCUGCUGGACACCAUUAAAGAUUUUUUCAUUAAUCUAUUCCGAAAUGCUGCGCAGACUCUUGGUUGGCAACCUAAAGAUGGAGAGAGCCAUUUAGAUGCAAUGUUGAGAGGAGAAAUUUUGACUGUCUUGGCUGUAUUCGGAGAUGAUCAAACUCUCCUAGAAGCAAGUAGGCGUUUCAAUGAAUUCUUAAAUGACAGAAACACGCCACUUCUUCCUUCUGAUUUGAGAAAGGCUGCAUAUGUAGCUGUAAUGCAGAGAACUAGCGCAGCGAACAGAUUGGGUUAUGAAUCCCUUUUGAGAAUCUACAGAGAAAGUGAUCUAAGCCAGGAGAAAAUCCGGGUUUUAAGUUCACUGACAUCUUGUCCGGAUCCCAGCAUAGUUUUGGAAGCUCUUGACUUUUCGCUGACUUCUGAGGUUCGUACUCAAGAUGUUGUAUUGGUACUUAAUGUCAGCAAGGAAGGGCGUGAAACAGCUUGGAAGUGGUUGAAGGAUAACUGGGAGCACAUCUCAAAUACCUGGGGUUCUACUUAUUUAAUAACCCGCUUCAUCAGUGCGAUUGUAUCACUGUUUUCUUCAAUAGAAGAUGCCGAGGAAAUAGAGGAUUUCUUUGCAAGCCGCACCAAGCCUGGCAUGGCUAGAACCUUGAAGCAAGGCAUUGAGCGGGUGCACAUUAAUGCCGCCUGGGUUCGGAGUGUUCAACAUGAGGACCAACUUGUUGAGACCAUGAACAAUUUGUCAAACUACCACUAGGCAAUUGCAAAUGCAUGCAAAGUACAGGAACAUUUGUCCCAGAUUUAGUAGAAUUUGAUGUAUCUCAGGAAUAUGAAAGAGAUUUCAAUGAAGAUCAAGAACUUGAGCAACUUAUAAAUGGGCAAAUAAGCUUCAGGGGUUAUUCAUUUUCAAAAAGUAUGAUUUAAUUAUUGGUUUCAAUCAACCUAUUAAUACCGCCAAGAUGUAUAUAUUUGUAACUCCUAUUUUCUUUUUACAAAUUAUAACAAUUACGUAAGAUAAGAGAAGAUAUUUUUUAUUCA